UCAGUAUUCACUUUGUCGUUCGAUCGUAGCAGAGGCUUUUACUCCUGAGCAAUCGACACCGGGAUGUAAAUAAUGAAAAGCGGUGGCGCUGUUAACGUUGCAGCAAAAUGGCCGACCAUCAAAUGUCAGUCCCGAAACAUUAAGAAGCCAUGGUUCCCCGAGUUCCGUAAAGUUUUAUCAACAGAUAUGGAAGACCUGGAUCGAAACAAAAUGGAGUGGGUGGAGAUCAUCGAGCCGAGGACCAAGGAGCACAUGUACGCCAAUCUGACGACGGGCGAAUGCGUCUGGGAUCCGCCGCCUGGCGUUUCAGUGAAACGGACGACGGACAACCAGUGGUGGGAGUUGUUCGACCACAAGACCUCGCGCUUCUAUUACUACAACGCCGCCACGCAACGGACCGUCUGGCACAGGCCGCCCAACUGCGACAUCAUCCCGCUGGCCAAAUUACAGACGUUGAAGCAAAAUACUCAAGUGAAAUCGCCUAGCCAAGACUCUGCCUCAUCCAAAGCGGCCGAUGAAUCUCUGUCGUCAUCUCAAAACGGACCGUCCACAGAUCACGGCCGGCCAACAGCCAAAAAGGAAUCCGUCUCGACACAGACGCCUUCGCGUUCGGCCGUGAGCCGCAAUGAGCGGAAUGGAAGCAGCGCCGGAAGCGGCACGAGACGCAGCGUCGAAAAGCAUCAGGAUGGUCCUCGGCCUUCAUCCGGCGGAGGGUCGUCCAGCGCGAUGACGGGCACGGGGACGCAGACGUGCUCGACGUCGCCCGUUUCCUCGCCGCGUCCUCACCGACGUCACCAUCAUCAUCAUCAUCAUCACCAGCAGCAUCACAGUCAGCAGUGCGGAAGCAGUUGCGGCGCUGCCAACAAACACGGCCACUGCCCGCCCAAUCUCAGCGACGAGGAUGUCGAUACGGCCCAGCAGCUCGAACCGCUCGGCCAGCAGCAGCAGCAGCAGCAGCAGCAGCAGAGAAAAAUGCGUCGGGGCACGAGCCACGGCGGUUGGUACAACCGCCACGGCAAAUCUCAAGAUUCCGGCAGGUCGAGCGAUUCGAGCACCUUGUCGCUGAGCAAACGCUCGGACAAAAUGGGCGGCGGUAGCGCCGGAUCGGCUCCGCUUGGUGGCUCUUCGCUGACGUCUCCUCUUCGCGCAACGGCGGCCAGCGGACGCCGACCGACGCUCGAUCCAACACCGAUGGAGUUUGGCAUGGGCAGCACGUCGAGCACUCCGCUCUCCAGCCGCAAAAAGGGCGCCAGUGGGGGCAGCAGCAGCAGCGCUGGAGGCGGCGGAGGUCUCGAGUUGUCGCGACAGCGAAGCCUGGAUUCGGAAACGGGUCCCGUCGGCUCAGCCGGCCUAUUGAUGGGCACGAGUAACAGCAGCAGCACGACGCCGACGCCCGUCCGCAGCAAACCGAACGACCUCUUUUAUCGCGACGGAUCUCUCUCGAGGAGCCUGAGUUUUAUGCAACAGCGACGGCCUCAAACGGCCCGCGGCCAAGGGCCUCUGUUCGAUUUGUGGUCGCCUCAGCGGGAGCACCAACUGUUGUCGGGAGCCAACAGCGAGAGCGCGCCGGGAGUGGACAGUCUAUGCACGCCCAUGAUUAAUCGUAAGCAGCGAUCGUUUGAAUCCGGCGGCAGCGGGGGAUCGACGGGAAAGAGCAAAGCCGGCCGAGCGUAUCACCACCAUUCGCAACUGGAUUCGCCCAAAUUGCAGCAUCUAACGUCCCAACAACAGCAACAGCAACAGCAGCAGCAACAGCAGCAGCAGCAGCAGCCAACGAGGCAGCAGAGGCCGUUGGGGUCGUCGGCUUCCUUCCGCACGUCGUCGUCGACGACCGGAAGCGGUGGCAGGGAUCCGCCUCGACAAUUCGGAAGUUUCGGAUCCGAUUCGAGUCCUAGUCCAAAACGCGAGAAGGAACGCGACUCGUUGAGUCGCCUCCGAUCGACCGACUCGUCGCCUCACUCGGCCGGCGACUCCGGAUUGGCCACAACCGGAAGCCGCGCCUCUCAGGACAGCCGGACCAAGACGACGGCCGGCACCAAAUCAUCUCCUUCCUCAUCUCCGCCUUCGAGCGCCGCUGCUGCGCCGGCCAUGGUCAGCAGCACGUCUCAGCUUUCGGCGUCGUCCGCCAUGGCCAACAGCAACAGCAACAGCAACGCAGCGGAAGCGGAAGCGGCCGGCGGGCCGCUCUACGAUCCGGUUCCGCUCUACUCGAAUAUCGAUUACAAUUAUUAUCUGGAUCCGAAAGCCCAGGCGCAUCUCUUGCCGCUGCAGCAGUACAUUCUGGAACAGGCCAAGUUGUCCGGUUAUCGAUUCGGCGAUUCGUCGCCGAUUGCCGAGGACGGAAGGGCCGCCGUAGGCGCAGCAGCCGAUCACUUCCGAUCGGACGACGAAGAAGAGCACGACUCGCUGCGCCACCGACUGCGCGUUCCCACUCACCUUCGUCCACCGGAACACGACGAUAGCGACGACUUUGCCGAUGACGAAGGGAUGUCGAAUGUGGAAGAUUCUUCGUCGCUGGAAUACCUGGAUGAAAGCCAGUACCUGGAAGAAGACGAUCAUUACACGCAGUUCCUCUUGCCACCGGCGCCGCCUCAUCGGCAACAGUCGAAGACGCUGCUCCAUCACUUUGGGCCGUCAUCGGGACCCAACCCGAGCGGCUACAGUGCAGACGUCAUUGUGGAACCAGAGUACACGGAAGCCGAUCCGGGUAUUUCGAGCGCAACGUACCGCAGUCUCCCCGACGGUCCAAUCGCUUCCGCACCGAUUGGCUCUUCGUCGAAUUCGUCUGCGCUGAUGCAUUCCGGUUCGACGUCGUCACUACGCCCGCUACGUCCCAAAGAGUCCAUGAUGAUUCAUCCUUCCAGCUCGUUGUACUCACCCGUCAUGGACCGUGCAGGGCCAUUUGCGAUGGAAGGAUUCCGGCAAUCGAUAGAAACUGCCAUGGCCACGCCUUGCAGCAAAACUAGUCCAUUGCAGCGAUCGUCGUCAACGCUGGGACCGAACGGCAAAGGGCCAACGACGCCGACGGACGGCGACAUCGAGAAGUACGCGCAGAGCCACUUAAACAUCCACAAAAAGGGCCUGUUCCGCAAGAACUUAUCGAUCCGCGAUAUGCUGAGCUGGUCCAAAGAUCCCAUCCGGAAGCCGAUGCUCCCGCUGGAAGACAAGACGCUGAAGAAGGAGGCGUGCGACUUGUUCAAAUUGGUGCAGAUCUACAUGGGCGACCGCAAGUGCAAGCCGGGCAUGACGUGCAACUCUGUCGCACUCGAAUUGUGCAACCACGCCUGGAAUAAGCCCGCUUUGCGUGACGAGCUCUACUUGCAUGUCUGCCGCCAAACGACAGAGAAUCCCCGGAAGGAGAGUCUGAGACGCGGUUGGGAGCUGAUGGCCGUCUGCCUCUAUUUCUUCCCGCCUUCACCAAAGCUAGAGCCUUAUCUCGAUGGCUACAUCAACCGUCAUCGCGAUCCCGGUCUGAAUUUCACUGAAGUCGCCAAGUGGCCCAUUCACGUGCAAGUGUCUCAUUAUGCCACCAUCAGUUGCCGGAGACUCCUUCGAAUCGGCGCCUCUGGGCGUCGCCAGGAGCGCAAGCCCACGUUAGAGGAAAUCGAACAAGCAAGGUUGCAAAUCUUCCGGCCGAGCAUGUUUGGAAAUACUUUGGAAGAGAUCAUGAUGGUCCAGAGGGACCGUUUUCCACACCGCAAACUGCCAUGGAUCCAGACGACAUUGUCGGAAGAAAUUCUACGUCUGCAAGGCGCCCAGACCGAGGGCAUAUUCCGGGUUCCCGCGGAUGUGGAUGAAGUCAACAGUCUGAAGAACCGAAUGGACCAAUGGGAAGUGUGUCCGGUUAGCGAUGCUCACGUCCCGGCCUCUUUACUCAAGCUGUGGUACCGCGAGCUCUACGAGAGUCUCAUACCCGAUGAACUUUACCAAGAAUGCGUUCAGUACUGUGCGGACCCCGAAAGGGCCGUCGCCAUUGUUCACCGACUGCCAGAAUUUCAUCGAUUGGUUCUUUCCUAUCUCAUCCGUUUCCUCCAGAUCUUUUCUCAGACCGAAGUGUCUUCCGUGACCAAAAUGGACGCCAGUAACUUGGCCAUGGUCAUGGCGCCCAACUGCCUCCGCUGCAACGCCUCGGACCCCAAAGUCAUCUUCGACAACGCCCGCAAAGAAAUGGCUUUCAUCCGGACCUUGAUCCAGCACCUCGACACUUCAUUCAUGGAGGGAGUCGUCUGAAUUCUUCCGACAUUGUAAUGGGUGAGAGAGAAAGUCGAAACUCGGCAUGAAAAUUCUCUUCCUUUUUUGUUUUUUUUUUUACACCGAAAUAGUUCCAUUGCAUCUCCUUUCGUUCUUUUAAAAAGGGUUAGCCUCACAUUUUCUUCUCAUUUUUUUUUCGGCUUAGAAAAACAGACCUUUACAAGUUGAAUUCACGCAAUCUAAGUCAUUCGAUUUCAAAGCAAAACCACAAAGUUUUAGAAAAAUCAUGCCGCCCCUAUACAUUUUUUUUUUUUUUUCAACAAAAGAAAACUUAUUUUAACCAACAAAUGAAGAAUUAAGGCAGCUUUUUCUUGACCUUUUGUGCGUUUUUUUUUUUUUUUUUAAGAAAAAGAAUCAAGAAAAAAAAAAAAAAAAAAAGAAUUAUACUUGUCAAACACGAUGGUAAUACUUAGUAAAAAGAAAUGUAAGAUUGAUGUUCCCGACAGCUAGAACGGCACCUGAUUGCAGCUCUUUGACGUUGAUGACGAUGGGUUAAAAGAGGAGGUCUGCAGAAUAGAGGGGGAAUGAGUUGUCGAAUCCGAAAUGUUUUUCGUGUAAUCCCCCCCUUUGAAAGACGAGAGCCUAUUCACGAGAGAUGCCUCCAAAAGUCAGUAGUUUUGAUUGUAUAGCAUCUUCUCUGCAUCUUCAUUCGUUUAAAAACCCUUUUUUUUUUCUUUGUUUCUUUUGUUUACUUAAAUUUUUGUUUUAUCAACUGAAAAUGUUGUCACUGUGGUUGUGCCGAUGAUUCACGUUCAUGGCAAGACUCACGCUUCUUACCCAAAUUACCAUUCGUCCUUAGAUUAUGUCUCGUUUUCUCUUGUCAUUUCUCAUCAUCCCUUUUGGGCAGCGUGUCAAGCGGUAAACCUCAAAAAGUUAUGAUCCGCUAACAAAAAAAAAAAAAAAAAAAGAAAAUGGCGCUGAAAAAGUUCAAUCGAAUCACUUUCUUACCUUUUUUUUUGUGUGUGUGUGUGUGUUUCGUGUUGUGUGUGUUCCUCUUUUCCGAACUAUGGCAUCCUAUUCAAAAACUAGCCGUUAAUAUCUUGCGUCUUCUUCCGCCUCAUCACAUUCAAUUUCCUGUGGGCUAUUUUGACCGUCUUUUAUACUUUCUUUUGCCUUCAAACCGUUGACAGUGUGGCCCCACUUGAAACAUUUCAAUCUUCUUUGUUACUUUCGUCGUGAAAUUGACGUCAACACACACACACCACACACAGACACAGACACACCGAACCUUUUAUAUAUAUAUUCUAUUUCUCGUGCUUUUGUAUCAUAUAUACGGCCGCCAAUUGAUUUUGUCUCUUGACUUAAUCUCAUCACUUUGUACCUUCAUUUUUUAAAUCGGCAAGACGCAAGCAAUAGAGAACAAAUAUGGCGAGUAUGUACGGCUGUUUACAUCCACAAACAACAGGUAAGAAA